CACGCCAGUCCACAGUGGUCCUGAUCAAAGUGAGGACAGCAGGGAACAGCACCCUCUUCAGAUUGGAGUCAGUGGGAACAGACCCAAGAUGUCGGGGAGGAACGCUUGGAAGACCUCAGCUUUCUCCUUGGUGGAGCAGAUGUGGGCCCCCCUCGGGAGCCGUCCAACGAGGCCAGAGCGAUGGUGUUCUCAGCAUUCCUGUGCACGGCAAACCAGCACUAACACUUUGCACCCACUCUGGACGGGCCCAGUCUCUGUGCCAGGGGGCACCCGGCAGUCUCCCAUCAACAUCCAGUGGAGGGACAGCAUCUACGACCCCCGACUAAAGCCACUCAGGGUCUCCUAUGACGCAGUAUCCUGCCAGUACAUCUGGAACACUGGCUACCUCUUCCAGGUGGAAUUUGACGAUGUCACCGAGGCAUCAGGAAUUAGUGGUGGGCCCUUGGAAAACCACUACAGACUGAAGCAAUUUCACUUCCACUGGGGAGCAGUGAACGAGGCGGGCUCGGAGCACACAGUGGACGGCCACGCGUACCCCGCCGAGGUUUGUAGAUGUGGCCUAACGGCACUGGGAGAGAAUGGCUUGGCCGUGAUAGGUGUGUUUUUAAAGCUCGGGGCCCAUCAUCAGACGCUGCAGAGGCUGGUGGACAUCUUGCCAGAAAUAAAACAUAAGGACGCGCGGGCGGCCGUGGGCCCCUUCGACCCCUCCAGUCUGCUGCCCGCCUGCCGGGAUUACUGGACCUAUGCGGGCUCGCUCACCACCCCGCCGCUGACCGAGUCGGUCACCUGGAUCAUCCAGAAGGAGCCCGUUGAAGUGGCCCCAAGCCAGCUCUCUGCAUUUCGUACUCUCCUGUUUUCUGCACUUGGUGAAGAGGAGAAGAUGAUGGUGAACAACUAUCGCCCUCUUCAACCCCUGAUGAACCGGAAGGUCUGGGCAUCCUUCCAGACCACUAAUGAGGGCACAAGAUCCUUGAGACGUUAGGUCCACAUGAAUAGCAGAACUGACUUUGAAAGAAGGAAGUGUUGUUUCCCAGGUUUCACAAUGUGAUUGUACGUGACUUCUGAAAUUAAAAAGAGAGAAUG